AUGAUUAAGACGUUGAGUCCUUACUCCACCACAGCUACAACAGCUGAAAUCAUGUCAAGGUAUAGGCCUAUAGCUCCGAAACCUGAUGUACCAGCAAACUCCAUGAAUGAGAGCUCAGGUAUGUCUCAAAAGAUGAUGCAAUCUCCUUAUCUCAGGAGUCUGUGGUGUCAUCUGCAGGCUAGGCCUACUAGGGCUAGAAAGAGAGGUAGAGUCGCUUUAUCAUCAACAACACCACUCAAGAGAGGAAGGACUCAAGUCCUAGCGCUCUCUUCACCGAGUCUCAUAACAUCCCCCGCAAAAAACCUCUCUUUGCAAGGUUUUUCACACGGUAUUCCUCACCAUUCUAUUCCUAACUUUGGUGGAAGCUUGGAUAGUUCUUCGACACCACCAGCAAGUUUGAUGCAGCUUCCCCUCCUUCCAUGCCCUCCCUCAGUACCUGUCGUUGCCAACUAUGCGACAAUACUUGAAUUGAAUUGCAUGGAACCUUGUGGAGGAGAAAAGUUAAUAGAUUUGAACACAAUUGUUGAAAUUCCUGAAGAGAAAGAUCUAUUGAAGCAGCUCCAAGGUCCUCCAGCGAGCAACGUUAUAGUACCUCAACCGAUUCGACCAGUGGGCUCCAUUAUCUAUGUUGGGUGCAUCAAAGAGAAUCCAAUCCUAACCCCACAAAUGCAAGUCCUGAAGAAACGAGAGGAGGUUGAAGAAUUGGUUGAGUCCGAUGCCUUACCGGCAGUGAUUUCCGACUCAAACAACAAAGUUAGAUUGGCAAAUUCUGCUUACAAAGAGAUGGUGGGUCAACCAGAAUGUCCAUGGUUGGACUCUGUGGUGACAGGUGAAGGAAGAGCCCUAGGCAACUCAUGCAAGAGAAUCUGUGGGGAAGUAGUACUCCAUUUAUCAGAAUCUGAUUCGAGGUUGACAGUUAAAUCAAAGGGUUUUUCAUGUUGGGCGAGGAUUGAGUGGGGAAGUGAAGGGAAGAAGAGAUCAGUCAAAGCGUUCUGUGAGGUCAUCAAAUUAUCAUGUCGGUCAAAGGACUAUCUCUUCACAUGGAAGUUCCAACCAUAUCAACAAGAAGAAGGAAGAAUCACAUUUUAGGCACUCCAGUCUUUGCAAUUUGAAUGGUAUACAGCUGUUUUACUGCAAAAAUGCACCUUAGCUAGCUAACUAGUGUUCUCAAUGUAUAGUUAAGAGACAUGUUAUAUCAAGUAUACGGUUUAGUAAUUUUUGUCGGUAUCUUUUGUGCGUCUAUAUAUGCCAAGUUUUUACUCCAUUGUUUCAA